GCCCCCAUUUAUAAUCCGAUAUCUUUUCAAGUACUCCCCAUUUCACUUUCAGUAAUACGCCCGUCUCUCUCUCUCUGCCAAAGGAGAUUCGUUUUGCAGGCAAGAUGGAAAAUGACAGAGAAGCUGAAAACGAGUUCUCUUCUCAUUUUUCUCUGCACAAGGUUGAUCCUGGAAAACCUGCUUCCCUGACUUGGCAACGGAAAUUGGAUUGUGCUGGAAAAGUACCUUCCGAGCUCUCUGUUACUUUCCAAGACGUAAUGCAUUUGGCUCCAAUGGGCUUUCGGUUGUGGAGACAAUUCAAACAAGAAGCAGCUGAAGGGAAAAUAGUAAUCGAUGUUUUCAAGAAGCGGUUUGUCACAGGCAAUCAUAGCAUUCCUUUAGGUGGUAUUGGUGCAGGAAGCAUUGGAAGAAGUUACAGGGGCGAGUUUCAGCGUUUCCAACUAUUUCCUGUAACAUGUGAAGAUGUCCCAGUUCUUGCAAAUCAGUUUUCCGUUUUUGUUUCACGGCCCAAUGGUGAGAAACAUUCAACUGUAUUAUGUGCCAAGAACCCAGAGCUAGCCAAAGAAGCUACAACUUCUGGCAUUGGAUCUUGGGAUUGGAAUUUGAAUGCAGAAAAGUGUACAUACGAUGGGCUAUUUCCAAGGGCUUGGACAACCUAUGAUGGUGAACCUGACCCGGAAAUUGUCAUUGUUUCGCGUCAAAUUUCGCCAUUUAUUCCCCACAACUACAAAGAUAGCAGUUUCCCGGCAUCUGCUUUUACCUUCACGAUAACAAAUAAAGGAAGAACGUCUGCAGAUGUCACCUUGCUGUUUACUUGGGCUAAUUCUGUUGGUGGGAGUUCUGGAGUUUCUGGUGGCCACUUCAACUCAACAAUGAAGACAGAAGAUGGGGUGCAUGGAGUACUUUUACAUCACAAAACCGCAAAUGGACACCCUCCAGUUACUUAUGCCAUUGCAGCAGAAGAAACUGCUGAUGUCCAUGUCUCCAAGUGUCCUUGCUUCUUAAUAUCCGGCGAUUUCCAGGGUAUCACAGCAGAAGAUAUGUGGCACCAAAUCAAAAAAUAUGGAUCGUUUGACCAUAUGGCGUGUGAUGAGACUUCGAAGCCUUCAAAACCAGGGUCAUCAAUUGGAGCAGCCAUAGCAGCCACUUUGACCAUCCCCUCUGAUUCUGUACGUACCGUCACAUUCUCACUCGCAUGGGACUGCCCAGAGUUGAGAUUUGGCGGGAAAACUUAUCAUAGGCGUUACACAAAAUUUUAUGGUUCUCGUGGAGAUGCCGCGGCCAGGAUUGCAUGUGACGCCAUCCUUGAAAAUGGCAAGUGGGAAUCCCAGAUAGACGCAUGGCAAAGACCAAUUCUUGAAGACAAAGCUCUUCCUGAAUGGUACCCAAUCACUCUCUUCAAUGAGCUCUAUUAUCUAAAUGCGGGAGGGACGAUCUGGACAGAUGGAUUACCUGCAUCACAAAGCUUGUCAACAGUAGGCAAUUCAAAAUUCGCUCUUCAAAGGUCCAGACAAAGUUUCAACGAUGGCAUUGAUAAUAUUCCCCAUCAAAAUGACACAGCUGUUGAAAUCCUUGAAAGGAUGACGUCCGCACUUGAGCAAGUAUAUGCCCCGGCAGUGGCGAAUUCCGCCAUGGGAACAAUUCUUCUCCAAGAUGGAGAAGAAAACAUUGGGCAAUUUCUUUAUCUUGAAGGACUGGAAUACACCAUGUGGAACACUUAUGAUGUCCAUUUCUACUCAUCCUUUGCGUUACUCAUGCUGUUCCCAAAACUUGAGCUCAGCAUCCAAAGAGACUUUGCAGCAGCAGUGUUGAUGCAUGAUCCUAGCAAGAGGAAGCUCAUGUGUGAUGGCACAAGGGCCCCGAGAAACGUCCUUGGUGCCGUUCCUCACGACAUAGGACUUAGUGACCCUUGGUUUGAAGUGAACGCUUACUGUCUGUACAACUCAGACAGUUGGAAAGACUUGAAUUCCAAAUUUGUUCUCCAAGUCUACAGGGACGUGGUUUUUACUGGUGAUAAGAGUUUCGCAAAAGCAGUUUGGCCCUCGGUUUACCUGGCGAUGGCUUUCAUGGAACAAUUUGACAAGGAUGGAGAUGGAAUGAUUGAGAAUGAAGGGUUUCCUGAUCAGACUUAUGAUACUUGGUCUGUCACCGGUGUGAGUGCUUACUGUGGUGGCCUUUGGGUGGCAGCUCUUCAGGCUGCUUCAGCCAUGGCACAGAUUACUGGUGACACUUCAUCGGAAAAUUACUUUUGGAUCAGAUAUCAGAAGGCAAGAGCUGUGUAUGACACCUUAUGGAAUGGUUCCUACUUCAAUUAUGACAAUAGUGGUACCAAGUCAAGUGCAUCUAUUCAGUCUGAUCAAUUGGCUGGACAAUGGUAUGCCAAAGCAUGCGGUCUUUCUCCAAUUGUUGAUGAAGAAAAAGAGAGGAGUGCACUAGAGAAAAUUUACAAUUUCAAUGUACUAAAAGUGAAGAGUGGUUCACGUGGAGCAGUGAACGGAAUGUCUCCCAAUGGAAGACUUGAUCAAUCGGCUAUGCAAGCAAAGGAGAUAUGGGCUGGAGUAACAUAUUCUCUUGCUGCCACAAUGAUUCAAGAGGGAAUGCUUGAUAUGGCAUUUCAUACUGCAUCUGGUGUUCAUGAAGCAGCCUGGUCUCAACAAGGCCUCGGAUAUUCAUUUCAGACUCCGGAAGCUUGGGGUGUUGAUGACAAAUACAGAUCUCUUUGCUACAUGCGUCCCUUGGCCAUAUGGGCCAUGCAAUGGGCCUUGACAAGGCCCAAGCUCUUAAAACCAGAGAUAAAAUGUGAAGCCAUUGAAGAUGAUUUGUAUGCUAGACAGCAUGCAGCAUUUUCUAGAGUUGCAAGCCUCUUGAAGCUGCCAAAGGAGGAACCUAAAGGCUUCUUUCAGGUUCUUUAUGAACUUACCUGCAGGAGAUUGGCACACUAAUUCUUUUGGUGAAUCCUAUACUAAGACUUUUAGUUGAAGAAAAGGAUAAAUAACUACGAUCAAAAGCUAAAAUAAGUAAGUUAAAGGAAUGAUAAAGCGCCUGCCUUGGUGCAAUUAUUAUGAUCUAGUUCAAUUAUUAAAAGGUGAUAUAUUAUUUGUGUCUAUUAUUCAUGUAUUCUUAAAAAUGUUACUAAACUCUCCAUAUGCAAAACCACCAAUGCAUUUAUGUAAACUUGUAAUUAAGUGCUAUUAGAUAGCCACACAACAACCAACCAAGCUUGGUAGUAUGA